AUGUCUGACGCUACGCUGGCUGACUACAACUAUGGCGGAACCGACGAGGAGAACGCCGAGAUCCGGACGUUGAGCCUGCAGCUGGAUGACGACUCGGACAACUUCGAGCUUUGGGAGAAGCUGCUGUACGCGUGCGAGGCCCUUGACGGCGGGCUCAACCGCAACUCGACCCCGCUGGCUAUCGAGACGAUGCGCAGCACCUACGACCGCAUGCUGCGCAAGUUCCCGCUGCUGUUUGGCUACUGGAAAAAGUAUGCCGACUUUGAGUUCAACAUCUCGGGCCCCGAGGCGGCCGAGAUGAUUUACGAGCGCGGCUGUGCUAGCAUCACCAACUCGGUCGAUCUGUGGACGCAGUACUGCACCUUCAAGCUCGAGACGACCCACGAGCCCCAGCCCGUGCGAGAUAGUUUGCGAGCCCGAUUACGGGAAAGAAUGCGAGUCGAGAAUCACGCGGAGACAGCCACGAGGGAGACUGAAGAGGACGGGGAGAAAGAGACGUGUGGACGAACGCGUGUGAAGAGCGAGGAUGGAGGAGUGCCCGGUGACAUGCGCAAUGCGCAGCCCGAGAGACAGGCCCCGUGUCUUCGUGCGUCAUGUCAGCGUACCGCAUCGUAUCAACCCUUCACGAAGGGCGGCAACGGCUUUUGCAGCUCGUGUGCACAGCCAUUGCCGCCUCUGCUCUCCCGAUGCAAACCGCUCGCAGCCCUGCUUGACUUUACCUUUUUUGCUCUGAUCGAUAUAUGCCCUGCAACUUUCGGCACCCACCAUGCUCUUCGUUCAAUCAUUUACAACUUCCAACCUGUUUCGGAUCAAAAACAAUAUUUUUGUAUUUUUGCUCCCUUCCCAACCCCCUCUCCUCUACCCUGCUCUUUUCUUUCGCUUCUCCUGUCGUCCCUUUGUGCAAAAGCCACUUUUGCCUUCUCUGCGUCUUGGCGCCCCCAUGUGGCCCGUGAGCAGAUGCUUUUUAAUCGCGCUGCCGAUCAAGUUGGUCUUGACUUCCUGGCCCACCCUUUCUGGGACAAAUACCUCGAGUACGAGGAACGGCUGGAGGCAACUGAGAACAUCUUCGCCAUCCUGAAGCGCCUCAUCCAGAUCCCUAUGCACCAGUAUGCACGGUACUAUGAGCGCUUUCGCCAGCUGGCGCAGACGCGGCCCAUUGCUGAGCUUGCAUCGGAAGAGGUCCUCGCGCGCCUGCGGAAGGAUCUCGAGGCCGAGGAUCCCCAUUACAGCAGCAAGACCGAGCCUGAAAUCGAGGCGGUUCUGCGUGCCAAGGCCGACGCCCUCUCCUACGAGACGUUUACAAAGACACAGGAAGAGACGACCAAGCGGUGGGCGUUUGAGUCGGAGAUCAAGCGGCCGUACUUCCAUGUGACGAUGCUCGACCACGCCCAGCUGGCCAACUGGCGCAAGUACCUGGACUUUGAGGAGGCCAGCGGCGACUACGCGCGCAUCGUCUUCUUGUACGAGCGUUGUCUAGUGACAUGCGCAUACUACGACGAAUUCUGGUUCCGCUACGCGCGGUGGAUGUCGGCACAGCCGGGCAAAGAGGAGGACGUUCGCAUUGUGUACCUUCGCGCCGCGACCUUGUUUGUGCCCAUCAGCCGGCCGGCCAUCCGGCUGCAGUUUGCCUACUUUGAGGAGAGCCGUGGGCGCGUCGACAUCGCCCGUGCCAUCCACGAAGCGGUGCUCGAGGUGCUGCCGAGCAGCGUCGAGACCAUUGUGUCGCUCGCCAACCUAGAGCGUCGGCAGGUGGGCCUCGAGGCGGCAAUUGAUGUGUUCAAGAAGACGCUCAGCGAGCCCGACAUCGACCUGUUUAUCAAGGCGGUCAUCGUCGCGGAAUGGGCCUUUUUGCUCUGGAAGAUCAAGGGCUCCGUCGACGACGCACGGACCGUGUUUGUCAAGAAUGUCGAGUACUACGCCGACAGCCGGCAGUUCUGGUGGAAGUGGUUCGACUUUGAGCUGGUGCAGCCGACGACGGCAGACACGGCGGCGCAGGCUGCGGAGCGUGUCGACAACGUCAUCAAGGAGAUGCGGACACGGAGCCGUCUUUCGCAGUCGACCAAGAGGGAGUUCUACGCGGCGUAUUUGACGUUCCUCCAGCAAAGAGGUGGCAAGGACUCGAUGAAGCAAUUUAUCGAGAUGGAUCGCGAGAUCUUUGGGCCGGCAUCAGUUCAAUCUACCGCGACAAAGAGCAAAGAGGCGGGUGGCGCUCCGGCCAGCUUAGACGAGGCGACACUCCAGAGGGCCGAGGCCCGGUACCAGAGCUUCUAUGAAGUGUACCCGAGCCUGGACCCAUUAGCCCAAGGGCCGGCCAGCUUCGACUAA